UGCAUACAGUGUGGAACACUGCUGCUAAAAAAACAAAACAAAACAAAACCCCCCAAAAAACAAACCCGCUGAUUUUUAAUCACACCUUCCUGUCUCGAACCCGCAGCAUUGAACCAUGUGUAAAGGACUAGCAACACUUCCUGCAACAUGCUUGAAAAGCGCCAAAGACAUCAAACACAAAUUAAGUUUCUUACUGCAGAAGCCUGAACCUCAAACGGCUGAUGAGAAGCAAACAAAAGAAAAAACUGCUGUUGCUGCUGCUUCUUCUGCAAAGAGGGAGGUGAGAGCAGCUGAGGUGGAGAAGUGGAAGGAGUCCUUCAGCUACAUGAUGAACAGCGAAAUGGGUCGUACAGUCUUCACCAACUUCCUAACAUCAGAGUUCAGUCAGGAGAAUAUGGAAUUCUGGGUUGCCUGUGAGGACUACAAGAAGACAGAAGCAUCCAAGAUGCCCAACAAAGCCAAAGAGAUCUACCAGAAAUUUGUUGACCCGGAUUCUCCAUGUGAGGUGAACCUGGACGCAAUGACAAGAGAAGAAACCAGGCAGAACCUGAAGUGUGCUGGGCUGUCGUGUUUCGAUGAGGCCCAGAAGAUGAUUUACAUCUUGAUGGGCAGGGACUCGUACAGACGCUUCCUCAGAUCCAAACUGUACCAGGAUAUGUGUGGGACACAAAUCACUGCAACUGACGGUGCCUAAAGGCUUCCAGAGGAGCGUACAGAAGGAUGUCCGACUGAACUGAGAAUAUCUGAGGAGCUAAGCACGGGUAAAGAUUGGUUCACUUAUUCUGAGUCCUGUGUCUGUAGUCUAGGAAAGAAAAAAAAAAAUCAUGUAGAGGUGACUUAGAAUAGUGAAUGUGACACAAGACAUACUUGUACUUCUGAUAUCAUCAGAAACAUUUUUGUUGGAUCAGAAUAUUAAUCAGCUACUAUCUGUACUGUAACACUAUCAUUCAUUGAUUUAAUUCCGAUCAUGUGAGCAAUGACAAUUAAAGGUGUAGUCCGUUUUGAUUUUUCAGAAAAUUGAAAAAACAAAACAAAACAAAACUUUGUGCUGAAAUUGAGUUAUUAUAAAGCACCUUUAUUUCUGUGGUGCACACCUGAUUUUAUUGCUGGUAAAGUAUUUACUUUGGAAGAAUUCUAUGAUAAAAAGGAGUUUACUCUACAACAUGACAACAUGAAACAGGAAGCAUGUUCAUAUUUCAUGAAAACUGGGAACUCUGAAUUUCCAACUUACAAUUUGGGAAAAAAAAUGUAAGUUGGAAAUGUGUUGUUGCAGCACCAUUUAACCUUUGAACAAGCUAGGAGACUGAGUUUCAUAAUGUGAUAUUGCAUCUUUUUGUUGGAUUGCUGGACCCACAUAGGUCAAAAUCCUAAACUGUUUCCAGACAGGAAGAAUUUUGAUCAUAAUUUCAUUAUAAAACUGUAAUUUCUUUCUUUGAUUACCAGACAACAAAAUGGUAGUCGUGCAGCAGAAAAUUGUUUUUAUGACUUUAAUGGCAAAAAGUUAAACAGGAUUACACCUUUAAGCACAGAUGCAUUUUAUUGGAGAAACAUUUAAAUUCAUCAAAAGGAUUCCUGUCUCCAGCACACAUUUUAUUUAUUUCACGAUG